UGCAUGGUCACACAAUGUGACAGUCCAGACAUGGCUGGAACCAGGAGGCAGCUCUGUUUGACUGAGCACCGAGCCGCCUCCAACUCCAAACACUAACAACAAACAACAAGAACAAGACAGAAGAAAGAAGAAGAAGAAGAACAAGGAGAAGAAGAAGAAGAAGAAGCAGAAGAAGACCUUUGAGCACAAGCCUGGAGAGCAGAAGAGCGCACAUGAAUGAGUUUGUGUGAUAACGUUUAGAACAAAGUUAUUUGAGCUGUCAGAGGUGACAGAGACACACAGAGACAGACGCAGGGACAGACGCAGGGACAGAGAAGGUGGUUGCAGCUGCGUCAGGUCUCCAGCAGAUGAUGGCACCAGUGAUGUCUCACGGAUUUGCUUGUCGUGUUUAAGUAUGACAUCUCCACUUUGAAGGUGUUAUAUAUAUUCUGAAUGCUGGUCGAUGGAUUUAUUACUUGAUAUAAUACAAGAAUAUUUUACCUGUACUUUCUCCAUAGGCUAGAAAAUCUUGAAGUAUGGGCGACUGGAGUUUUCUGGGGCGGCUGUUGGAGAACGCUCAGGAGCACUCGACGGUUAUCGGCAAAGUCUGGCUGACCGUCCUCUUCAUCUUCAGGAUCCUGGUGCUGGGGGCGGCGGCGGAGGAGGUGUGGGGCGACGAGCAGUCCGACUUCACCUGCAACACCCAACAGCCCGGCUGCGAGAACGUCUGCUACGACCAGGCCUUCCCCAUCUCGCACAUCCGCUUCUGGGUGCUGCAGAUCAUCUUCGUGUCCACGCCGACGCUCAUCUACCUGGGCCACGUGCUGCACAUCGUCCGCAUGGAGGAGAAGCGGAAAGAGAAGGAGGAGGAGAUGCGCAAGGCCAACAGGUUGCAGGAGGAGAAAGAACUCCUUUAUAGAAACGGCGGAAACGCUAGCAGGGGCAAGAAGGAGAAGCCGCCAAUCAGGGACGAGCACGGCAAAAUCCGCAUCAGAGGCGCGCUGCUGCGCACGUACGUCUUCAACAUUAUUUUCAAGACUCUGUUUGAAGUGGGAUUCAUUUUGGGCCAGUAUUUCCUCUACGGCUUCCAGCUGAGGCCUCUGUACAAGUGCGCGCGUUGGCCCUGCCCCAACACCGUCGACUGCUUCAUAUCGAGGCCCACGGAAAAGACCAUUUUUAUUAUAUUUAUGCUUGUGGUGGCUUGCGUGUCCCUUUUGCUGAAUUUGUUAGAGAUCUAUCACCUUGGGUGGAAGAAGGUCAAACAGGGAAUGACCAACGGGUUCCCCGCCACGCGCGAGUCGCUGCGCUGCGUCGACAUCGCCGAGCCCGAGUGUUCCAGAACUGCCCCAUCCAGCCUCACCUACCCUCCCAACUACUCAGACGCCACAGCGGGGAGCGGCGCCUUCCUGCCGCCCGGGGGGCCGGCGGCUGUGCCCGCGGCGGCCGAGUUCAAGAUGGACGACCUCCAGCGGGAGGAGUCCCUCCGUCGGCCUUCACCGUCUUCCCAUUAUUACAUCAGCAACAACAACAACCACAGGCUGGCCACGCAGCAGAACUGGGCCAAUCUGGCCACCGAGCAGCAGACUCGGGAGAUGAAGGCCGCCUCUCCUUCCCCAUCCCCCUCUUCCUCCACCAGCACCGACAACCAGCAGCAGCCGGUCGAUGCUGCGCUGCUCCUUCCUAAGAGCAACACCACCAGCAACACCAACAUCACCAGCACGACCGCCGCCGCCGCUGCUGCCGCCUCCUCCUCCUCCUCCUCCUCCUGCGGCAGCGGCGGCUCCAGCACUGCGUCUAACGCAGGCAGCUGUGUGGGUGGAGAGAAGAGCGAGCGGGAGCAAGGCUACGUCACCACCACCACAGUGGAGAUGCACCAGCCUCCGGCGGCCGUCAGCACAGACGCGCGGCCGCUCAGUCGGGCCAGCAAGAGCAGCAGCAUCAGAGCCAGGCCGAGCGACCUGGCAGUGUGAAUCUCUCUCUCAACACUUUCAUGUCCCUGAGCCCCUCCCUGACCUUUAACCUUUAACCUUUAACCUUUAACCGCACCCCCACC